UAAAAUAAUAUCUUGCAAUUCUAUAAAAAUAAGCCGAUUCCGAUAAAGCUAAACCAUUAAAAUUUUUCAAUAUUAUUAAAUUAUAAAUAAAGUAAUAUUUAUACACCAUAAAUGGAAGCAUUGUGCAAGCAUUUAUCUAAGAUAAGAGUGCCUUGUGAUAAUCAAGCCAUAUAUAAGGAUGAGUGUGUGUACUCGUUCGACAAUCCGGAAUCUUCCACCGGUCUUUACGUGAGUUUGACAAGUUUUCUGGGAUUUGGUGAAGAAUAUGUGCAGAAAUAUGCAGAGAAAAGUGGUAAUUGUGUGUUUUUGCACAUAUAUCGUGAGAAACACCUCAAGGAAGAUGCCGCAAAGGGAGAUGAGGCAGGGCCAGAGCGUAAAAUAACACGCCUUGCUAUUGGUGUGGAGGGUGGCUAUAAUGACAACGAUACCAAAAACUAUGAAUAUAAAAAUAAUUAUAGUAUCGUCGUUAUGCCUGAUAUUCAACAUAAACUUCCUUACCCCAGUAAUGACUUGCCCAUGAUAGUCACACAAUCAGUUGAAAGUAUUUUGACUCAGGAUUCCGCCAUUUCUAAAUUGGAGAAGCAAAUGUUAGCAGGUACUUGGGAUGGUGAAGUGCGUCAGGUUUCCAAAUUUUCUGAAAACCUUCAACAAUUAAGCAAUGGCAAAAAAAUUCCGCCUUCUGGUUGGAAAUGUGAAAAGUGUGAUCUUACUAAUAACUUGUGGUUAAAUUUGACUGACGGCUCUAUAUUGUGUGGUAGAAAAUUUUUUGAUGGUUCUGGAGGAAAUGACCAUGCCGUCGAACAUUACAGAGAAUUUAGUUAUCCAUUAGCUGUUAAACUUGGUACAAUUUCGGCAGAUGGCAAAUCAGAUGUAUUUUCUUAUCCAGAAGAUGACAUGGUAAUUGAUUCGAAACUGGAAGAUCAUUUAGCUCAUUUUGGUAUAAACAUGGCUGCUAUGAAGAAAUGCGAAAAAUCUAUGGUAGAGCUUGAGCUUGAAAUCAAUCAACGUAUAGGAGAGUGGUCUUUGCUUACAGAGAGCGAGAGUGAACUGCAGCCUCUGUCCGGUCCAGGUUACACUGGCAUGCGUAAUUUGGGAAAUUCCUGUUAUAUCAACAGCGUCAUGCAAGUGCUUUUUACAUUGCCCGAUUUUAUCAGACGUUUUGUGGGUAAAGGUGCUGAAUCAUACUUCAAUGAGUUUCCCGCUGAUCCGGCUAAUGAUUUUAAUAUCCAAAUGUCUAAAUUGGGUAACGGAUUGUGGUCAGGCAAGUACAGCAGUAUUACUGAAAAUAGUUUAGACACUACCGGUAUAUCGCCUGCAAUGUUUAAGAAUAUUAUAGGCAAAAAUCAUUCAGAUUUUGGCUCGAAACAACAACAAGAUGCUUAUGAUUUCUUUUUGCAUUUGAUCAAUUUAUUGGAGCGUAAUUCACGCAACCAGUCUAAUAAUCCCGUUGAUGCUUUAACAUUUAGCAUAGAGGAUCGCGUUGAAUGCAUGGCAAGCAAAAAAGUUAAAUAUACGCGACGUGAAGAAUACUGCUUGCCACUGGUCAUACCUUUGGAGAAGGCCACAAAUCUGGAUGAAGUUAAAGAGUAUUUGGAUAAAAAGGCCAAUUGUCCGGGUGCACCCAACAAUGACAAAGACGUUGUACGUCACAAGGUUCCAUUGCUUGAUUGCCUAGAGCGCUUCUUCGCCCCAGAAGUAAUUGAUCAAUUUUAUUCAUCAGCUAUUAAGGAUACCACAACUGCCAAGAAAACCGCCCGUCUUGUCAAUAUGCCCGAUUAUUUAAUGAUGCAUUUGCGUAAGUUUACCCUGGGUGAUGACUGGGUGCCCAAAAAGCUUGAUGUAGAAGUUAAAAUGCCUGAUGAGUUGGACUUGUCCAACUGGCGUUCAACAGGCAAACAAUCGCAUGAAGAAGAAUUACCGGAGACUGAUACAGCCACAAAGUUUGUUUGUGACGAAACUAUGGUUUCAUCCCUCAUGCAAAUGGGUUUCCCUCUGGAGGCUUGCAAAAGAGCAGUAUUCCACACUAAUAAUGGCGGUUUGGAAAUAGCUUCAAACUGGCUAAUGGAACAUAUUGGAGAUUCUGAUUUUUCCGAUCCAUUUGUUGUGCCUAAUGUUGGUGCUUCUGCUGGAAGCGGUGCAGACUUUGUGCCCAAUCCUGAAAGCCUUGGAUUAUUGAUGAGCAUGGGCUUCGAUGAGCGACAAGCUACAAAAGCCCUCAAAGCAACAGAUGGCAACGUUGAACGUGCUACAGACUGGAUAUUUUCUCAUGCUGAUGAUAUGGAUAUCUCCGAAGCUGCCCCCGUUAGCACUGAAUCAAACACAACUUCGCAGACAAACAAAAAUUACCGUGAUGGUAGUGGUAAAUAUAAGUUGGUUGCUUUUAUUUCUCAUAUGGGUACAUCGGCCCAGGUAGGCCACUAUGUGUGCCACAUAAAAAAAGAUGGCCAGUGGGUAAUUUUCAAUGAUAGCAAAGUCGCUUUAUCUCAGAAACCACCCAAAGAUUUGGGCUAUCUCUAUCUAUACAAACGCGAAGAGUGAAUAUCUAAAACAUCGAGUGUUCGAUUCACUAGUCUCUACGUAAAAAUUAUGCUUUUUUAUUCUCAAUUGUAUAAAUAAAGUGAAUUUAUUAACAAUAA